GGGGCGGAUCAGUGGAGCAGGUGCUGCCGCUGCUGCGAGUCUCAAGCGCCGCCUUCACUCACUCCACUGCGGCUCGAUCGGCGCACUCCACCGCUGCGCUGCCACCGGGGCGACAAGAUGGAUAUACUUCACUAAAUACCUGGAAAUACGCUUUUCCUCCGCAAUAAGGAAUGAGCCUGGAGCCGAAGUCUCUGUCAUUGGGAAUGAUCUCUGCGGCUCCGUGCACUAUGGCCACUGUGAGUCCCCUCACUGCUUCACCCAUCAGCGGAUCAAUCGCUGCCAGCGGGAGUCCUGCAUCUCAAUCCGGCUUCGCAGCAGCCCUCCGAAAGUUGGCCAAACAGGCUGAAGAGCCCAGAGGUUCUAUUAGUAGUGAGUCAUCACAUGUUUCCUCCCCGGUGACCAAUAGGAUUUCUCCAGUCAGUACACCUAAACGUAUUGCCAUGGGUACCAGUCUGGCCCCGCCCACAGGCACUCCACCUGUGGUCACCAUCGCCCCAACUAAAACAGUCAAUGGCUUCUGGAGGUCUGAAGGACGACAGGCUGAUGCAGGACUGAGACUGUCUGGCCAGGAGCGUUUAGCCCCAGAUCGCCCUUUGCCAGCCCAGGAAAAGCCCUCUCUCUCCCUCCCUCCAUAUCACCCGUUCAACAUGACCCAGAGUGCCCUCAUGCAGGACCCCCGUCUGCAAACUCAUCUGUCCCGACAGGUUCCUCACAUGCUGCUAGCAGGGGCUCAGGAGGAGUAUGUUCGCGAUGGUUUCCGUCCGUACGCCUCCGCUGAAGAACUGCGAAUGCCUCUGAUGCCUCUAGGGCUCAACCCAGGAACUGCAGACACUCUAGCAUACUUUCACUCAGGAUAUUUGCCUCACCCCUCGCUUGCUUCAUACAGGAUGGAGGAUUAUUACAGUCUGUCAGCCCUCCGCUCACAUUACUACCAGCUUCCAGAGGCCCUGCACCCAUCGGCUGUUCACCUGCCCACACCAGGCGUCUUCUACCCUCCUGACGUCACACACCAGGCACUGACAGCACUGCACUCAGACAGGCUGCAGAUGGAAGAGGAGCUUCGCCAGCAGGAGAGGGAACGGCAGCGAGAGAAGGAGAGAACGCGUGAAAUUGAACGGGAACGGCAGUGGGAGCAGGAGGUGCAGAGGGAGAAGGAGAGAGAGGUCGAGAUUAAAAAAGAGCGCGCCAGAGAGAUCCAGCCGGUCAAGGCCGUGGAGAAACGCCACCUGAGCCACGAGCCGCCGGCCAGCAAACACUUGAUCUCUCACUCGCAGACUCAUCUGUUUCCACACCUGCAGCCGGUGAAGGAGCGGGCCAAGCUGGAGGACAGACUCACUGCGCACAGACCCGACAAAAACAAAGAAGUGCCACAGCUGCUGUCUCAGUCUGGUUCCUACUCUUCCUCAGGAGCUCCUUCUUCCGUCUCAGGCUUUAGUCUUUCUACAAGCGGUCUGUUUGGGAAAAGUCACAGGCCUGUGGAAACUCCCAUGAUGCUCCAGCGGCAAGAGGAGGACGACAGAUGGCUGGCCAGACAGAGAGUGAUGAAGGUGGAGAAAACUGACCGGCACGGACAGGAGUUUCAGCAGCAGGAGAAACACCACAGCGCUGGCCGAACAGCAGAAGCACACAGGGAGAUACACAGGUUUAGCUCUCACCAUAAUGAUGUGCCUGUCCGAGAUUUACCUCCAGCGCUGGGUGCGCCACCACCUCUCAUCACCCCCAGACCUGCUCCCCGGCACCAUCAGCACCACCAGCUCCGCUCUCCACCCGUCGCCAGCAGCCUCUGGACCCCCGUCUCGCUCCUCCAUGCGCCCUCUGACCGUCCUCUGUCCCACAUCCACCCGUUCUCAGGCCCCAGUAGAGCUCCAGCAGAGGGUGAGCAGCCGCGGGUCAGCCUUCUGAAGCUCGGUCAGGCUGGAGCUGCAGACAUCAGGCUGGAGAUGGAGAGAUCAGAGCCGGUGAUGGGGGUCGGUCAGAGGAGACUCGUCAGCAAACUUGACCUGGAGGAGAAGAAGCGCAGAGAGGCCAGAGAGAAAGGUUAUUAUUAUGACUUAGAUGACUCUUAUGAUGAGAGCGAUGAAGAGGAAGUUCGAGCUCAUCUGAGAAGAGUCGCUCAGCAGCCUCCGCUCAAACUAGACACAUCUACAGAGAAGACGGCGUUUCUGGGUUUGUUUGGCCUGACGACUCUGCCGAAGCGAGACGAGGUGCUGGAGAUGAAGAGGAGAAAGAGGAGGCUGAUGCUCCAGGAGAGGAGCCCUUCGCCGCCGGCCGUGGAGAAUAAACGCAGGACUCCUUCCCCUCUCAGCACACGCUUCACUGCAGACGAGAUGAACUGCACCGCUGAGCUGGACGACAAGAAACACUUCCUCAGCAUCUUCAACCUCAGCCACGUCAACCAUGACCAAAGACAGAAGAAAAAGAAGAUCUCAGACUUGCUGGAAGCCAUCAAACAGAAGACAGUUACUCUGGACACACUUAGAUAUGCCUCAGAAGCACCCUGUUCCAGCCCGCCUGCUACACUGUCUGCAUCCUCACACUUUAGUCAGUCAGUCAAUAAUGUUCAUCCUGAACCCCGAAAUCACUCACCAGAAAACCCUAAAACACCUCCAGAUCCUCCCCCGCUGGCUCCUCUGCGAAACAAGCUGAGCUCCCCCAGCAGAAGAGCUCCUCAACAGCCCCUCGCGCGACCCAAUAACCACUCGCAGGGACCCAACGGAGUCAAAGCGCAGGUCUGGGAGAGGAUAAACCCAGAGGAGUUCGCUCAGCACUUCCAUCAGUCGGUGUUGCAGUCGACUCACACACCCCAGCAGAAACACAGAGCAGGAGUGAAUGAGCAGGUUGACCCCGUAGCACAUCCUUCUCCAGGCCUUCAGAGGGCAGUGAACAAACUCCCUAUCAGACAGACAAAUGGCCACUCCUGGCCGGUAUCAGCCCACCGUGACUCUCCGGUCGUAAGCAAUGACCUUUCAGCUGGAGAGGGCAUCAGUUCGGAUGAAGACGAGGAAGAGGAGUCCUUUAGUCCCAGGUGGAAAGGCAUCGAAUCUAUAUUCACGGCCUAUGAAGAGUACAUAGAAGAGAGAAGUAUAGAGCACCAUGUUCUCCAGAGUGAGUGUAGACGUCUAGAGACGCAGCAUUACAAUCUCUCAGUGACAGCUGAACAGCUUUCUCAUAGCAUGAGGGACCUGUUGGCACAGAAGCACAAUUUGGCACUAAAGCGAGAUCGUAUGCAGGCCGAACUGGAGCACUUCAAGAAAUGUUUGGCUUUGCCACUGUUGCACUGGCACAGAGGAUACUACAAGGGGCCUUCGCCAAGGUGACCCUUCACACUCGCUUAAAGAGACACCAAGAAAAGAAGAGGACGCUCAAAGUGGCUCUCAUGAAGACUACAGGUGUGAUUUCAGAUUUGGCAAUUGAUGAAGAAAGAGUGCCAAUGUCACUGUGACUCAUUGCACUACAAGUCCAACCACUAUAAACCAGAACAAAAGCAGGCAUUUAGACAGUAAACCUCCAUUACUUGACAAACAGACUCGUUCUGACAGGACCAAUGCCAAGAGGUGCAGAAAACCAAGCUGGAGCUGGAAAUGCACUUAAAAGUGAUCUAUCCUACAAAAUGGAGCUCAUGUGGAAUAUUUAUACCGUUUUUAAAAGAGAAGAAAAACUAUUGUGUACAAUACCGUCACAUUUUGUAUGUUUUUAUGAUUUAUUAAUUAUUAAAAAAGGACUGUAAUUUGGAAUAUAAAAAUUUUAAGGCGUUUCGCAGGGAUAAUGUAGGGUACUGCUGGUCAGAAUGAGAGAAAUGUUGGUGAAACUUCUUUUUGUGUUUGAAGAAUGUCAUGAAAAUUGCUG